GUUUUCGUUGGCCGACCUAGGGCCGCUGAUGAACAACCUCUCCUUUUAGCCCACGCGCGCAGCUAUCUCACGCUGUCAUUCUGCACCUAAAUCGUCCACGAAGGAAAACUCCCGAAGAAAUACCCAUCUGAAAUCGAUUAUCUACGAAUCUACAUACACAUACUACAUAUCUCGAAGGAAAUCAGUUUUGGUGAUUAUGGGAGAGCGCACGCAACGCCAGCCGCCGGGGUCGGCGCCGGUGGUGAGACACUCUUCAUGGAUAUUGUUGGCGAUACAAUAUACUACGUUUGUGUUGUUGCUGCACUACUCUAGAAUCAUGCCACCGGAAGGUGGUAAACGAUACCUGACCUCGACCGCCGUCGUUUUGAACGAAGUGGUGAAGCUCGCUGUUUCUCUCACCAUGGCCCUCUACGAAGUCUCCACGACCGCACCCCCGUCCAUGCCCGCAACGUCGCUUUUCUUCUCCGUCGUCAGCGCCGUUUUCUCGGGUGACAGCUGGAAGCUGGCCUUACCAGCUUGUCUAUACACCCUUGCGAAUUCGCUACAAUACAUUGGGCUUUCGAAUCUGUCGGCGGCGACUUUUCAAGUCACAUACCAAUUGAAAUUGGUCUUCGUGGCCAUUUUCAGUCUUGGACUGUUGCGAAAGACGGUUCCCCUCCGCAACUGGGCAUUGCUUCUAUUGCUUCUCGUCGGUGUUGCCUUCGUGCAGCUGCAAGAUGGCGGUCCUAAGGAUGAAAGUGCGUUGGAAGAGGAAACCGCCCGCAUCGCUUUUCCCCGAUCGCUGGAAGAGUGGCGUGAGGUCCAAGCAGGUGGCAACGUCUACAAACGUUCUGCGACAUAUGAGGGGAUCGAAGAGGAUAUGUUGACCGCCUUACCACGGUUAAAUGGGGCGGUGGGCUUGCUCGCCACCCUCGGUGCAUGUGCUGCGUCAGCUCUUGCGGGUGUCUAUUUUGAAAGAGUGCUCAGAGAUAGCGCCAAGUCGACGUCCCCUUGGGUCCGCAAUUUGCAAUUGGCUUUGUACUCCAUCUUCCCGGCUCUUUUUAUCGGAGUAGCAUUUUUGGAUGGCGAGCAAGUGGCUGCCAAUGGCUUCUUUCAAGGUUACAACUGGGUUGUAUGGUCCACCGUCAUUGUCCAGGCAUUGGGAGGCAUUGCUACAUCGUUCAGCAUGAUUUAUGCAAACACGGUUGCGCGAAGUCUUGCGACCACGGCUAGUAUCGUUCUAAGCACUGUGGGGAGCAUUUGUCUGUUUGAAUUCGAGGUUAACGGUUACUUCCUUCUGGGUACCGCUGUAGUCCUUGCAGCCACUUAUCUAUACGGAGAACCGAGCACGGGAUACCCCUGGCAUGCCCAGGCUAAGAUGCAGGGUGGACGUCCACCACCGAUUCGCAUCGACUCAUAUGAGAAAGAGGCCCUAGGACAGGAGUCGCCAGUAUCUCCACCGAACGAAAUCUCGAUCAAGCUCCCAACAACUCCCUUCCUAUCUGACGCUGGUUUGUCGACAUCCCGUCCCACAUCCCCGGGACAGGUGAGAAUCAGCUCCUCUCGGAAUGCCAGUGGGAGUUACUUUGAUGAAAAUUCGCACGACGCUUGAAAGUGGUUUAAUGGUGUUGGGUUGUGUAUGUUGUAUGGGGAUGUAAUGGUCAUAAUUUUUUUUGGAAGUAAAUAGGAACGAACAAAAGCAAUAAGGAGUUGUUGAAGAUGACGACGAUAUCCAGGUAUUCAAUAUAUCCAAGCUACGAUGAAUAUAUGAUUUCGAUUCACUUGUUGAUUUAUUGGGUUCGUUAUGGUUGUUGACUGAGCCAGGACUCGAAGGCGUUGCACCAAUGGUUUGAUGAAGUCUCGAGAAGAAUGGAU